AUGACCUCCGCAUCAAUCAACGACAAUGUGGUCGAGAUUCGAAAAUUGAACCAAUACCUCGGAGCUUUCGUAGCGUCUCUCGGUGGGUUCGCGCUUGGUAUCUCGCUAGGUUGGAAUUCCAGGGCUAAUAUAGUGUUGAAGAACUAUUUGGACGCCAGUGCAACAGAGAUCGGACUGAUCGGGGAGAUUCUGAACGUUGGCGUCAGCAUAGGGGCGAUUAUGAUGCCGUUCAUCGUCGGACGAAUCACCAGAAUGAACAUUCUAUUCGUGACGAUGCUGGUCCUGAUUUUCACGUGGACCAUAGUGAUUAGUCGUGGGCAAAAAGUUUUACUAAUGCUAGCUGGAAGACUGAUAUGUGGUAUAUGCGGCGGCCUGGCUUGCGUUCUGACGCCAAUAUACGUGGCGGAAAUUGCGAGCAAAGAAAUUCGAGGCCAUUUGCUCGCAUUUUUCCACGUUCUUGUCAACGUUGGCAUCGCGUACGCCUUCUUUGUGGCCCACGCGAUCGACGAAGAGAGAACAAUAUGGAUGUACAGCACAAUUUGUGGGCUCGCGUGCCUCUCGAUCGCGCCAGCAAAAUAUUUACCUGAGAGUCCGCUCUACUAUUUGUCGAGGAACGACGAGAACAAUGCAGAGAAAUCCUUGAGAUGGUAUCGCGGCGACACUUACGAUGUCCAGCACGAAAUCAGCGAAAUGAAGCGGUUGCUUCUUACGUCUCGCUCGAAAAAGUUCAAUCUGAAAUUAUUCAAAAAUCGCCGUGUUCUACGAUCCAUUGCGACUUGCUUCGGAGUGAUACUGAGCCAGCACUUGUGCGGCGUCAACAUGCUGAUUUUCUACGCCCUGACAUUCUUCGAGACCAGCGGUUCCGGUGAACUGACCGGAAGCGAACAGACGCUAGUCGUCGGCGCCGUUCAAAUAUUGGCAUCCCUCUUGGCCACGUAUCUCGUCGGUAUAUUUGGACGUCGAAUUCUCCUCACUGUCUCCGCCCUGCUCAUGGGGGUGUUCCUGAUACUGUUAGGCUGGUUCUUCAAACUGCGCGACACCGAUCCCGAGUACGACGACAUUUACUUCUGGAUGUCACCCACCUGGGCCACCCUGAUCUUCGCUGCCUACAACCUAGGUCUCGGACCAAUUUCCUGGUCGAUUUUAGGCGACACUCUUCCAGAAGAACUGAAAGUUCCAGUCGCCUCUACCGCAGUUGCCUUUGGAUGGCUGAUAUCGUUAAUGGCCACGUUAACUUUCGAAGAAAUGAUCGUUAAACUGGGCGGCACGAAGGUUAUGUGGCUCUCGGCUGCUGUAUGUUGGCUGAUAGCUCUAUUCUGCGCCAUUGUGGUCAAGGACACCAGUGGCAAAAGCCUGAUCGAGAUCCAAGAAGAUUUUCGCAUCGAGUCCAACAGAGGCGUGCAACAAGCCUGA